CUCCUUCACUCGGCUCUGGAGCUCGCACCGGGAACAUGAGGCACCCCCGGCUCGCCUGCGCCCUGCUUCUCGCCCUGUGCUGCUGCCGCUACGCCGCGGGUGUGCCCGGAGAGGAGGCACUGCCGGAGCCAGAGCAGCUGGAGGUGGAAGUUGGUGGCACGGCCCUGCUGCUAUGCGGCCCCUCGCAUGCUCCUCGAAAUAUCAGCCAUGCCGACUGGUUCUCCGUCUACAAGGAGAAGCAGACGCCCAUCUUCCGGGUACACCAGGGCCAGGGCAAGAGCGAGCCCGGCGAGUACCAGCACCGGCUCAGUCUGCAGGACCAGGGGGCCACCCUGGCCCUGAGCCACGUCACACCCCAUGACGAGCGUGUGUUCCUGUGUCAGGGCAGACGUCCCCGCUCCCAGGCGCACCGGAUCCAGCUGCGAGUAUACAAAGCCCCCGAGGAACCCAGCAUCAAAGUCAAUGACUUGGGCAUUUCUGUCAACAGUGAGGAGCCUGAGGAGGUGGCCACUUGUGAGGGCAGAAACGGGUACCCCAUUCCUCAAGUCGUCUGGUACAAGAACCGUCACCCCCUGAAGGAGGAGAAGAACCAUGUGCAGGUCCAGUCCUUCCAGGUGGUGGAGUCCAGUGGGCUGUACACGCUGCGGAGCAUCCUGAAGGCCCGCCUGGGGAAGGCAGACCGUGACGCUCGAUUCUACUGCGAGCUCAGCUACCGCAUGCCCAGUGGGAAUCGCAUGAAGGAGUCCCAGGAAGUCACAGUGCCUGUCUUCUAUCCCGCAGAGAAAGUAUGGCUGGAAGUAGAGCCCGAGGGGCAGCUGAAGGAAGGGGACCGUGUGCAGAUCCGGUGUCUGGCAGAUGGCAACCCCCAACCACCCUUCACCAUCAACUGGAAGAACCUCAGCACAGCAGAGAUGGAGGAGCAGCAGACGGAGGAGAAUGGGGUCCUGGUGUUGGAGCCCGUGCGGAGGGACCACAGUGGAAUCUAUCAGUGCCAGGGCCUCGACCUAGAGACCACCAUUUCACUGCAGAGCGACCCCCAGGAGCUUCUGGUCAACUACGUGUCUGAUGUCCACGUGAGCCCCCCAGUUCCUGUGAGCCAGGAGGGCGGUAGCCUCAGCCUCAAGUGUGAGGCUCAGAGCAAUCUGGCCCUGGAGUUUCGGUGGCUUCAAGAGAAGACAGGCCGGGUGCUAGCCGAGGAGCCUGUGCUCCAGCUUCAGGACCUGAAACGAGAGGCAGCGGGUGGCUACAGCUGCUUGGUCUCGGCGCCCAGUGUCCCGGGCCUCAAUGGCAGCAGCACGGUGAAUGUCACCAUCUCGGGCUCCCCGUGGAUGGUGCGGAAGGAGCAGAGGAUGCAGGUAAAAGCGAACACAACGUUGGACCUGUCCUGUGAGGCGUGGGGAUACCCCCGGCCCAACAUCUCCUGGACCGUGGAGGGCGCGGUCAGUGAAGCCGACCAGGGUCCCCAGAGUGUGGUGAGCAUCCUAAGUGUGCUCGUGACUCCAGAGCUGCUGGACACAAAUGUAGAGUGUGUGGCUGCCAACGCCCUGGGCCGUAACUCCACAAUCAUCUUCCUGGAGUUGGCCACCGACACAACCCCUGGUCUCAGCUCUGCCACUGUGGGUCCCCAUCCCAAAGAAAACAGCACCUCCACAGAGAAGAAGCUGCGGCCACCGGCAGAGAGCAAGGGUGUGGUGAUCGUGGCCGUGACGGUGUGUGUGCUACUGCUGGCCGUGCUGGGUGCCACGCUUUACUACUGCUACAAGAAGGGCAGGCUGCCUUGUGGGCGCUCGGGCAAACAGGAGAUCACGCUGCCCCCGCCUCCUCGUAAGAGUGAAUUUGUAGUUGAAGUUAAGUCAGAUAAGCUCCCCGAAGAGAUGGGCCUCCUGCAGGGCGGCGGCCAAGACCAGAGGGCACCAGGACAGCAGGGAGAGAAAUACAUCGAUCUGAGGCACUAGCCGGACCGAGGACCCAGGAAUCAAUGCGUCCUUCCCUUUGCUGCGUGAAACAUUUCUACUCCGCUCCCUGCACUCAGGAUGGCCAACAAGCCCAAUACUGGAGCAGGGGCCCAGCUCCUGCCCAGCACUUCUCAGGUUCCUUCGUGAAGCUAGACACGGCACGGCAGGGAUGUUAACGGCACUAGUUUCAACUCACCUGGCCUGGGCCACAAAACCCCGUGGCUCUACAAACAGCUGCCCUGCUCUUGCCUCUGGAGACACUCCUUUUGCGUGGGGGAAGGGAUAAAGACAGAAGCUGCCGGAGCUCACUGCUUCCUCAGAGGACACUCAGGGUUCUUUGCCCUCUCAUAGGAUCAUGUCUAAAACUGACAGGUAGUGGGAGAGGGGAGGGGACAGAGGCCCAGGCUGUCCUUCCUGGGAUAAGGCUGUGGCCACACCAGCGCUGAAUAGCUACCAGCUGGCCCCGCCUGGCCUGAGAAAGACCCCAGUGCAGAAUGGUACUGAGGGAUGAAAAGCGGCUGCGCUUUGGGGAGUAUGUCAUCUGUAUGUACCUGUUUGUAUAUAUGUGUUCGGGUGUGUAAAUUGUUCCCAUUUUUAUAUAUAUGAAAAAUAAAGCUUAUUGUCCCAAGAAA